CUCUGAGUACGUUCUUACGAUUCAAGUGUCGCUGUUUUGAUGCGUUACUUAAUUUGAUAACUAAAGAUGCUGAUUCGCCAUUUUUUGGAGCUGCUGGCAUUAUCUGCUUUGUAUACCUAUAAUGAAGCAAGGGUCUUCACAAAGAUGAUAAACGCUAGUCUUGGGACAACAUAUGGAGGCGAAGUAUCAAGAUUUAUGGAGGAUAUGUACCAUGUUAACUCUACAAUUGCUACGCACGGAGAGCAAAGUGCAAUAAGGCUAUCAGUGAAGAGUACUUCUGCAAAUGCAGACUUUCCUGUAUUAUUUGUGGUUCGAAUGGUUAAAGGAGUGCGAUCAUGGACUGUCCCAUUUGCCUUAAGUGAUGGGACAAUAUUUCACUAUGUGAGUAGGUCACUAUGUCCAAGCUUGAAUUUGAAUAAAAACCGAACUGCAAUGCCAUAUUUUUAUGUGGAUGUUUCAACCGAAAGCUUUAUCCCCAUUCAGUACAGCCUCACUGCUAAUAUCGUUGAGCAUUUUACUUUACGUGUUAAUGAGAGGGAAGGCACAAUGGUACAAGUAGAUCCUGCUGAACCUGUGUACUUUCGAUACAAAUUUGAAGCAAAUGUCGACAGAGUGCUUGUAAAAGUUACAUCAGGAUCUACAAACUGCGGCAUGAUAUUAGUUCAAAAUUCAAAGUGUCCGAUAUUUGAGGAAGGGACAAAUGACUUCAACGGGUUAUACGCCACAAUAACAACAAAGGCUGCAAUCUCUGUUUCGAAAAAGAUGAUUCGCACAGAGAGCUUUUAUGUCGUUUUGCUUGUUAAGGACAAAGAUACAGAUUGCCUUGUUCACAAAGGGGACAUUAAUCCUUUUAAACGAGACGAUACAUUGGAAACUCCUGGAAAUUCGAUGUACCCAUUCAAAGCUGCCAAACUUGCAUCGUUAACAAGGUUCAAGAACUUUACCAUUCGCCUGGAGAAGCUUCCAUCAGAUGAUGACUACAUUCCAGCAAUCAUCGCACCAGUGCUGAUCUAUGGCAGCUUUUAUAUGAUAACUUUGAUUGUAAUUAUCAUUUCCUGGUGCAGAGCGGAUGAUGGCGGGCGUUCAUUUUUUGCUUAUCUACUGCCAUCCAAAGUUAAAGUGAAAAAUGAAAAGAUGGAAGAGGAUGGAGAAGGGCGGCGUCUCUGCUCACCAACUGCAGAUAUGCAGACAUAUGGUCUCGUAGACAAUGUUUCUUUUGCAGGCUUAAGCCGUGAGUCUAGAUCAGAGGAGCUGCAGAAUGUCAGUCAAAUUGACCCGGGGGCAACUCCGAAGCCGACACGAGGGGUGUCUGAACUUGAUGGUGACUACGAUUUGCUGGAUGAUAUCGACAAGCACAAGGACAUUUACAGGCUAAAGCGAACGUUAUACUUGACUGAUAUUACGAAGAAGACUUACAAAAAACUUCGAAAAAGAUUCAACGUUUAUUAUUGGAAUAUAAUUACAAUCGCAAUCUUCUAUGCCCUUCCCGUGAUUCAGUUGGUGAUUACAUACCAAAGGGUUGUCAAUACCAGUGGAGAUCAAGACAUCUGCUAUUACAAUUUCCUAUGUGCCAGGCAGCUAGGGGUAUUAAGCGCAUUUAACAAUGUGUAUAGCAACAUUGGAUACAUCAUGCUUGGAAUUCUAUUCUUGCUUAUAGUUCUGCGAAGGGAUCGCCUUGCUAAGCAAAAAUAUGUUAAAGAUCCUGAACGUGAGAAGAUGCACGGGAUCCCUGGUCAUUUUGGUAUACUUUACGCUAUGGGCUUUGCCCUAAUCAUGGAAGGAGUCCUUAGCGCUUGUUAUCAUGUGUGCCCAAACUAUUCAAAUUUUCAGUUCGAUACAGCCUUCAUGUAUAUCAUCGGCCUGUUAGGCGGCCUCAGGCUGUACCAAAUUCGCCAUCAAGACAUCGUUAUCAAUGGUCAUUUAGCGUACACCUCAUUUGCAAUUGUAAUAUUCACUUCAGUCAUCGGUGUGGUUUUCCGUUCAAAAGUUUUUUGGGGCAUAUUUAUGGUACUUCAUUUGCUGACUUGCCUUUAUUUGUCAUUGCAAAUCUACUACAUGGGUAGAGUCAAAGCAGCAUUUAAAGAUAUGUAUAUACUCACGAAGAAAGAUUUUGGCAGAGGCCCUGUAUUCAAGGAUCGAUUUGCCUUACUCUUUAUAUUCAUGGUUGUAAACUGUGGCUUGUCAAUAAAUGGUUUAGUGAACAUGCCAGCUGAUUUUGCGACGUAUCUCCUUGGGAUCAUCAUUCUAAAUGGAAUGCUCUACGUACUUUUUUAUGUCUUCAUGAAGAUUCGAUACAAAGAGAAGCUUCGCCCGUUGCCUUUGGUUUGCACUUUGCUAUCAGUUUCCAUGUGGGGAUGUGCGUUGGUUUUCUUUUUUAAAGGCCUAACAAACUGGCAGUACAGCCCAGCAAAAUCACGUGAAGGAAACAGAGAAUGUCGAGUAAUGGAUUUCUAUGAUGACCAUGACAUUUGGCAUUUUCUAUCGUCCAUGGCAAUGUUCUUCACAUUCACCUCAUUAAUGACACUUGAUGAUGAUUUGGAUGAGAAAGAAAGAAACAAGAUAAACGUAUUUUAAUUUUUGAUUUGCAUGUCACGAAAUUAUUCCUUUUUUGCUGGCUAUGUUUGUCUAACAACAAUUAUUGAAUGACAAAACACAUGCAUAUUGUAUCUAUUACUUAAUUUUAACUAAAUUCCAAAUAUAGCUGCUGUUCAGUUUUACCCUUGUUUGAUAAUCAUAUUCAUAGAAUCUACAUUACCAAGAACAUACAUGGAUAAUUACAUUUAACCAAUUAGUUAUUGUGAGUGGCAAUCUUUGGGUAAAAAUCUUUACGGCUAGAAAUUGGGACACUGUCACUGUCCUGAUCUGUUGGUAUUUUCCUGAGGUAUUUCCGAUUUAAGAGAGACAUAGUUAUACCUUGUUUCACAGUCGUGCUAUAAUCAGGUCGUAGCUUCAAGCGGUUCUAAUACAUUAAUCCUUGUAUUUCUAGCACGUUUCUUAACGGUUGAAAUCGAUUCUAUUGCCCCUAGUUUUGUGAAAGACUUAUCUAUCAAUGGUAAGAAAUAUGUUUGAAUUGUUGUGGGAAGUAGAAAUUUGUAUUUUCGAGAAAUUUCAUUGAUAAGAUGUUUUUGAUUUAAAUGAA